AUGGACUGGAGCUCUGAAUAUCUUCAGUCGAUCCUCGGCCAAAUUAUUGGCGACCCUACUCAUCGUUUGGGGUGCCGAUGGGUUGAAGACAAUGGAGUAUGUUGCAACAAUCCUGUUUCCAAGGAUUCGCGAAGAAACGGAGCGAUAUGCCUCAAGAUGUUCCAAGAUCUCCCUACCGGUCACCCACCUAAAACGAGACUCGCAGAGGCUGCAAGAAUGCAGGCGUCACACUUCCCGACCCAGAAGGUGCGCCCAAAGAUGGAUGAAGCAGUUAUAUGCCCAAGCCAGUCAGACGGAGGAAACCACUCAAAUCCAGAAGGAUGGGCACCGGUCCGUUUCGCUGGCACAACGCUGGCCAACUAG